AUGGCAGCAGAGAAGUGCCCUGUCCAUGACACCCUGAAGGUCAACGUCGCGGGCGGCGGAACCAAGAACCGCGACUGGUGGCCCGGCCAGCUCAAGCUCAACAUCCUGCGCCAGCACACAGACAUCUCCAACCCGCUGGACAAGGACUUCGACUACGCGGAGGCUUUCAAGACUCUCGACUACGAUGGGCUGAAGAAGGACCUGACGGCCCUUAUGACCGACUCUCAGGAGUGGUGGCCCGCUGACUUCGGCCAUUACGGCGGUCUCUUCAUCCGUAUGGCAUGGCACAGCGCGGGUACCUACCGUGUCUUCGACGGCCGUGGAGGCGGUGGUCAAGGCCAGCAGCGAUUUGCUCCUCUUAACAGCUGGCCCGAUAACGUCAGUCUCGACAAGGCCCGCCGCCUGCUGUGGCCCAUCAAGCAAAAGUACGGCAACAAGAUUUCAUGGGCAGACUUGCUGCUGCUCACUGGCAACGUGGCUCUCGAGUCCAUGGGCUUCAAGACCUUCGGCUUUGCUGGUGGCCGUGCCGAUACCUGGGAGGCUGAUGAGUCAGUAUACUGGGGCGGCGAGACCACCUGGCUCGGCAAUGAUGUCCGAUACUCUGAGGGCUCCGAGGGAGUUGCAGAGCGCGGCGCCCUGGUCUCAGACGAGGACCCCAAGCCCCGCGACAUCCAUUCUCGCGACCUGCAAAAGCCGCUGGCGGCUGCCCAUAUGGGUCUGAUCUACGUCAAUCCGGAGGGCCCCGAUGGCAACCCGGACCCGGUCGCUGCAGCAAAGGACAUCCGCACCACCUUUGGCCGCAUGGCCAUGAAUGACGAGGAGACUGUUGCGCUCAUUGCAGGCGGCCACACCUUCGGCAAGACGCACGGCGCGGCUCCUUCCGACAACGUCGCGGAGGAACCCGAGGCGGCCCCAAUUGAACAGCAGGGCUUGGGCUGGGCCAACAAGCACGGCUCAGGCAAGGGACCCGACACCAUCACCAGUGGUCUGGAGGUCACUUGGACCAAGACUCCCACCAAAUGGAGCAACCAGUUCUUCGAGUACCUCUUCAAGUAUGAGUGGGAGUUGACCAAGAGCCCCGCUGGCGCAAACCAGUGGGUGGCCAAGGACGCAGAGGAGAUCAUUCCCCAUGCCUACGACCCCAACAAGAAGCAGAAGCCGACCAUGCUGACCACUGAUCUUUCGCUGCGUUUCGAUCCUGCAUACGAGAAGAUUUCACGUCGCUUCAAGGACCACCCUGAUCAGUUCGCGGACGCCUUUGCUCGCGCCUGGUUCAAGCUGCUGCACCGUGACCUUGGCCCGCGCGUGCGUUACAUCGGUCCUGAGGUUCCGUCCGAGGUUCUGCUCUGGCAAGACCCUAUCCCCGAGGUUGACUAUGCUAUCAUCGACGACAACGAUGUUGCUGCUCUCAAGAAGGAGAUCCUGUCUAGUGGCUUGACCGUCCAGAACCUUGUCUCCACUGCCUGGGCAUCUGCUUCCACUUUCCGUGGCAGCGACAAGCGUGGCGGUGCCAAUGGUGCACGCAUUCGUCUCGCUCCUCAGAACAAGUGGGAGGUGAAUGACCCUGCUCAGCUGAAGGAAGUGCUCGGCGCGUAUGAGAAGAUCCAAACGAGCUUCAACGACUCUCAGGGCGGUGGCAAGAAGGUCUCUAUUGCCGAUCUCAUUGUCCUCGGCGGUGUUGCUGGUGUAGAGAAAGCAGCAAACGAUGCCGGUCACAACAUCAAGGUCCCAUUCACACCAGGUCGUGCCGAUGCUACACAGGAGCAGACCGACGUUGAGUCUGUCAGCCAUCUCGAGCCAAGAGCCGAUGGGUUCCGCAACUAUGGCAAAUCCACACCUCGUGUCCGCGCUGAGGAGUUCCUCAUUGACAAGGCUCACCUCCUGACCCUGUCCGCUCCAGAAUUGACAGUGCUCGUUGGUGGUCUGCGUGCCCUGAACACCAACUACGACGGCUCAUCGCACGGCGUGUUCACCAAGCGUCCUGGCCAGCUGACCAACGACUUCUUUGUCAACCUGCUCGACACAAACACCGCUUGGAAGGCAGUCGACAAGAGCAGCGACCUGUUCGAGGGCACAGACCGCAAGACCGGCUCCAAGAAGUGGACCGCCACACGUGUCGAUCUCGUCUUCGGCGCCCAGGCCGAGCUGCGUGCCAUUGCGGAGAUUUACGGCAGCUCGGACGGCGAGCAGAAGUUCGUCAAGGACUUUGUUGCUGCCUGGGACAAGGUGCUGAACCUGGACCGGUUUGAUCUGAAGAAGUAA